AUGAUGUAUUAUUCUUUUGAGCUUGAUGAUGAAAGCAAGGAAUUGUGCACGAUUGUCACCCCAUAUGGAAAAUAUCAGUACCAACGAAUGGAAAUGGGAUUGAAACCAGCUCCUGAUGUUGCUCAAUACUACAUUGAAGAGACAUUGCAUGGUUUGAAGGAACAAGGUGUUGAAGUCUACAUCGACGAUGUUGGACUCUUUUCUAACUCUUAUGAAGAACAUAUGGAAUUGAUCAAGACUGUUGUCAAACGACUUCAAGAGGCAGGUUUCAAGAUUAAUCCUUUGAAAUGUGAAUGGUGUGAUUAA